GCGUAAACUUUCAACAGCAGAGAGAGCGCGAGAGAUGUAGCUUGAUAAACAAAGGCACCCCUCAGAGGCUCCUUCACUUGUUCCUUACAGGUGACCUCGUGUUUUUGCCACUACAAUGUCCAAGGGACAUGCAAAGAAAAAGGAGUCAUCUUCCAGCAAAGUGUCUUUAUCCGACCGGCAGACUGAAGCAGCGUCCUUAGCAGCCACUUCUUUUGAGAGCCUAGGACGCGUGGGGAGAUACAGAUUCUCCAUUUGGCCCGAGUGGGAUGAGGCAGACGUCAACAAGGAGAAAUGGGACUCAAGCACAGGACCUGAAGAUGGGAAGCCAAACAAGUGUCCUAAUGCUCCAUUUUUUGAGGAUCCUGAAGGAAAGCUUUCUCUGCCUCCAUCUUUGAAGGUUCACACCUGGAAGCGCCCCAGUGAGUUUAUUGUUGACAAGGGUCCCACUGUUGUUGACAAUCAAAUGACAUUUGACCUAGUCUCCUCCAAUUGUCAUCUGUUUUGCAGUGAGCUGAUGAGGUGGAUUGUCAGCGAGAUCCACAUUCUUUGGAUGCUCAGGGGCUGGAGACCUUGGGCGCACAUCUACUCGUUGUGUAAGGUGGUGAAAGGUCAUGUGCCACUUUUCAACAACUAUGGGAAAUACGUGGUCAGACUUUACUGGAUGGGUUGUUGGAGGAAGAUAACAGUGGAUGAUUCUAUGCCAUUUGAUGAGGAAAAUAACCUGCUUCUCCCUGCCUCUACCUGUCAGUCAGAGUUAUGGCCAAUGCUAUUGGCUAAAGCUCUAAUAAAAGUGGCAAACACAAAUUGGCAUGCAGAUGUCUGCGAGGAGAUGGGCGAGUUCACCUUUAUCCACACCCUCACCAGCUGGAUUCCAGAAACCCGUCCGAUAAAGUCAGUAUAUUUGAGAGAAAUUUGGGAGUUCUUACUGCACUCCAUUCCUGCAUUUAAACACCUGGAUGACAGCUUGCCAGUGACAAAGCCUGAGCCUGCAGAUGCAGCUGCACGGAGGGAUUCCACUCUAAGUGAAAAUACGAGUCAGCUGCUGGAGUCAGAGGAAUGUAAAGGUGACCCUGAGGUAGUGGUGUGUGCUGGCUACUACCCUUUUCAACUACAUAACAAUUCCUUUGGGUUCGGCCAGAUGGCUAAUUCCUCUGAAUUUCUACGUUGUUACGGCCUGUCCUUGCUGUAUAGCAAUGCUGUCCUGUUGACUAGAACCCGCUCAUGCCCGCUAGAGGCACCACCGAAACCUCCACCUGUGGCCCGAUGGAAACUCAUCCGUCAGCCCAAGAAAAUUUUGGUCACUGCUGAACCACAGAAGAUCCCUUUGUCAAAACCAGAGCAGUUCAUUGAGGCUGCCAGCCCUUUUCUCUUCGACCGUACCAAGAGCAGCGGGGGCUCAAUUCCAGAGUUAGAAGCCAAGCAGAACCCUCCCAGGAAGUGCUCCCGCAGAUCCCCUCUGGUUUCCAUUACUGAAGAGACUGAAUGUCCAAAAGGCCUUGAGCUUUACACGGCUGACCACACCACUAACUUACCAAACUGCACUGACAGAAUAGAGGUUACCGCAGAGGACAAGAAGAACAGUGACGACAUCUCCAAUGAUAGGCCCAAAACUGCAAUCAAAGAGGCAGUAACUGAGGAAUCUUCAGCUGAUGGCAGUCCUGUCCUACAGAAGACCUGGGUUGACCUGGAAAACUUUGAUAAAUGCUUUCAGACUCUCUUGGUGUUUCAUAAACCACAGAUUUACCAGCAUCAUAUACAGAAAUCACAUUUUAAGAAUGCUGUCCUGUCCAAAACAACAGUAGCCUUCAAAAGCAAUGGAUCAUCUACACAGUCUCUUAGCACUGGAUCCCUGUCUGUAGCAAGCCUUCAACAGUGUCCAGAGCUGAGAGGCACUUAUUACCUGUGUGUGGACAGCCUACAACCUUCCCAGAUCCUCAUCAGCUUCUCUGCUCUUCUUCUCUGGGGACAUACUGCCAAGGAGAAACAGGAAAUGUCAGCAGCACGUAGGUCUGCAGUUCUCAUUGCCCUGCCACACUCCUGGACAAGUCUGCAGUCUCAGCUGCCAGUUCUCUCCAUCAAGACCACCUCCACAAAGGCAGCUGUGUUAAACUUACCCCCAGGGAGGCAUGUGCUGUGCAUCCACAUAAAUGCAGCAUUGGGUUACCAUGUCCAUCUUUGCAGCAAGACACCAUUCAUCUUUGGAGAGGAAGAAACCAUCAUGCCACACCUUACAAAGGAAAGUGCUCGUUUCACUGAGCAGGCCCAUUCUAUCUUUAGGGCUCUGUCCAGAUUGGUGGCUUCCUUUAGUGAUGAGCAGGAGCAGCCAGCAAUCAGAAAGAUCCUGGAAGAGACUCACUGUCCCCAAAACAUCAGCACCACCCUGGAAAAAUGGGAACACUGCAAGGUGUUUAACUUGGCAGUUUACCACAUGCUGGGUGAGGCUCUGGGGAGGAAGCUGAAAGCAGAGGAGCAGUUUGCUGUACAGGCUCUCACUGCCAACCCUUCACGCUUCACUGCAAACCCUGAAGAAUACGCCCCUACACAUGCAAAUUCAGAGCCCCCAGAAAUGUGGAGAGACAGGAGGCCAACAGACAGAGAGGUCAAGGCAGUGACCAUUCUGCAGGCUGGAUUCAGAGGGCACUUGGUGCGCAAGAUCCUUAAUGCCUCAAAACCUGCAUUUGUCUUUUCCCCCUUUGUCAUCUCGCAGUUGCCGGUCUUGGUUCAUUAUAAAGGAACGAAGGAGAACCUCAGUGCGUCCAAGAUCCUUUCAGACGUGUGGCCGAAGGUUGAAUCUGAUACACACAAACAUGCCGCUUUCUUGCUAAGGUAUAUCAUCAAAAAUUCGAAGAGGAAUGGAAACCUCUACCCAUAUCUACAGGAUGAAUCGACCAGGCUCACCUUUGCUGAUUAUACCGUCUCUCUUCCAGACACAGUCAGCUCGUGGGUCUUGGUCUUUAGAGAGGUUUUCCUGGUUUCUGAGGAGAUGCUGGUGGUACUAAAGGUCUAUUCACCAAUCCCUAAUUGUCUGCUGCAUGUCAUAAAUAAUGACACAGGAAAGGAGGUGGACCUGGUCUUCAACAGAGUAGCACCCCGUGUCUAUCAACCCAAUAAGCUUGGUUAUACCUUCGUAGCAGAGGCUGUCACACCUGAAUUACCCACUAUUGGUGCAAAGUGGAGGAUGCGCUUGAUUGGCUCAAAAGAACCCCUUCCAAAGAUGUCCCGUGAGACUCCAGUCAGUACAUUCUCAGUAAAGGAAUUCCGGGAUUAUUACAUUCCCAAUGACAAAAAUCUUAUAUGUCGUUACAGUGUACAUGUAACAACAAACAUUCUAGGAACCAUUCAGCUUCAGACUUCCCAGCCAGAUGUAUUGAUACGUCUGUCAAUUCUAGACCAUGAGAAACAAAUGGCCAGCAAAACUGGAAAGGGCUGUGUGGUGAUUCCCGCUUUUUUCUUCCUGGCAAACAAAGACUCAAGUUGUACAGAAGAGAAGAAACAGGAGCAGCCUCCCCCCCAAAACACUUCCCUGUUAAAAGAUGGAGAAGACAGUGCAGUUAAAAAAUCUAACUCCUCAUCUGACCAGUACCAGCCUCCCACAGAGACUAUGGAUCACAAGUAUGUGGUGCAGGCAGAGGUGCUUUAUAAGACCUGGCAUCUGGAUGAUUCUCAGCUGGCUUUUGCCCGUUCAGUCAAAGACUCGGAGAACAAUGAGACACGAGUAAACAAACUUGAGGAUGUAAAGCUUUCAUCCACCGCUAGCACGCCGAGUCGUGACGGGCACAAGUCGAACGCACCCAAAACCCACCGUAAAACCGAAGGUGACAAAGGAAAGCCAGCUGCCACGCAGGAAGUGAGCCUUGACCUAACUAAACCAAACUGGAUGCUGCGUGUUGUCACGGACAACAGCAAAACUGAGGGCAUUAAGGUGAAGAAGGACACGGAAAGAAUAGACCAGAUUAAAGCCAUUAAAAAAGCCUGGGAGAUGGUUGAGCCAGGACGCUCUGCCAAGGCUUUACAGUCUCAUCUCCGAUUUCUUAACCAAGUCCAGCAAAAAGCGAGUGGUGAAGCUGCUACAGAGGAAAACAAAGACCCUGCUGCUUCAAGAUCUGGUCUAGACAUCCCUCCCAGUCCAUCCAAUCAAAAGCUGACUGGCACCCCCUCCUAUCCUCACGUGGACUACAGUCACUUAACCAGAUACCAAAAGGAUUCUCCAGUGCUGAUGGACUCACACAUAGAAGAGGCCCGGCAGAGGGAGCACUUUGAAAAGAUCCAGACUUACCGGCUGGUCCGAGAGAAUGCGUUGGAGCGGAGUAAACAGGAGGUGUUCAGCAGGAAGGAGCUAAUGAGACGUCAGCUAGAGAUGUAUGAAAGCAUGCAGGCAGCCUUGGGGCAGCGUUGUAAGAAACUAUGCGAUGCGUGCGAAGCAUUUAGUAGUUGUCAUCUAGCGGGCAUCAAAACGGAACAAGAAGAGAAACAAGCUCUGGAGGAGGCCCAGUCGGCAGCUCUGGAAAAAACAGCCCUCACCUCUGCUUCUGCUCAGCGGCUCAACAAACAUGCCAAGAAAGCUGGCAAGAAGAAAUGAUGGCCACCGGCACCAGCAUCCAGUCUCAGUUCUCCUCAGCAGACAGCUCGUCACACUGAAUUAUCUUCAUUCAGUCACAACGUUGUUGCUCGUAUUAUCAGAUGAGAAGUUUGAUUGCACGAUUCGGUGCUCUCGUCUCUUUCCUACGCCUUUA